GUACGAAGUGAUCAAAUCAAAUCUGUUCUCUGAAUCUCACCAUCUAUUCUUCCUUUCUCUGCGAAUUCGCUUCAAUUUCCAAAUCACGAACUAAAAAGAUGGAGAAAGCGAUCAACAGACAGAAGAUUUUGCUUCAUCAUCUCAACCCUUCAUCAUCUACCCACGCAAUCGAAUCAUCCUCUCUCUCUGCUUCAGCAUGUGCGGCGGGGGAUAGUGCUGCUUAUCAUAGGACAUCUACAUUUGGGGACGAUGUUGUAAUCGUGGCUGCUUAUCGGACUGCUCUUUGCAAAGCUAAGCGUGGUGGUUUCAAAGAUACUCAUACUGAUGAUCUACUGGCUCCUGUUUUAAAGGCUGUAAUUGAGAGAACCAAUGUCAACCCAAGUGAAGUUGGGGAUAUUGUUGUGGGUACUGUAUUGGGUCCUGGAUCUCAAAGAGCUAGUGAAUGCCGAAUGGCUGCAUUUUAUGCUGGUUUUCCUGAAACUGUACCUGUUAGGACUGUUAAUAGGCAAUGUUCGUCUGGGCUCCAGGCCGUUGCUGAUGUAGCUGCUGCUAUAAGGGCUGGAUUCUAUGAUAUUGGUAUUGGUGCUGGUUUGGAAUCUAUGACAGCGAAUCCAAUGGCAUGGGAAGGAUCAGUUAAUCCUAAAGUAAAAAUAUUUGAACAAGCACAAAACUGCCUUCUUCCAAUGGGUAUUACCUCUGAAAAUGUUGCACAUCGCUUUGGUGUUUCAAGGAAGGAACAAGAUCUGGCUGCAGUUGAGUCUCAUAGACGAGCUGCUGCAGCUACUGCUUCUGGUAGAUUUAAAGAUGAAAUUAUCCCAGUUUCCACCAAGAUUGUGGACCCAAAAUCUGGUGAUGAAAAACCUGUCACCAUUUCUGUUGAUGAUGGAAUUCGACCUGGGACAACAGUGUCUGAUCUAGGGAGGCUCAAACCUGUCUUCAAGAAAGAUGGAACCACUACUGCUGGUAAUUCUAGCCAGGUGAGUGAUGGUGCUGCAGCUGUUCUGCUUAUGAAAAGAAGUGUUGCACUGCAAAAGGGCCUACCCAUCCUUGGUGUAUUCAGGACUUUCACAGCAGUUGGUGUUGAUCCUGCCAUCAUGGGUGUGGGCCCUGCUGCUGCAAUUCCUGUUGCUGUUAAGGCUGCAGGUCUAGAGCUUGAUGAUAUUGAUCUUUUUGAAAUAAAUGAGGCAUUUGCUUCCCAGUUCGUGUAUUGCCGAAACAAGCUAGGGCUUGAUCCAGAAAAGAUCAAUGUUAAUGGAGGUGCAAUGGCAAUUGGGCAUCCUCUAGGUGCAACAGGUGCUCGAUGUGUUGCUACACUGUUGCAUGAAAUGAAGAAACGUGGCAGGGACUGUAGAUUUGGAGUUAUAUCUAUGUGCAUAGGUACUGGAAUGGGAGCAGCUGCUGUUUUUGAGAGUGGUGAUUGUGCUGAUCAGCUAUGCAAUGCCCGAAAAGUGGAUGACCUUCUCCUAUCCAAGGAUGCUCGCUAGAAAUUACAAUCAAGAGGUCAACCACUGCUCAACAAUUUGAACCUUUCUAUUCAUAAGACCAGAAUUAUUUUGUGAUGUAUUUUCUUUAAUUAUCAACACUUACCUUUUUUUUUUCUCUCCUCACACAAGUUAUUACAUCUUUUCACUCUCUCUUUUCUA